CCCUUGCUCUCUUCCUCAUUUAUGCUAAUUAAGCUUACCAUGCAUAUCCAUAUAUACUUCUAAGCAAUCCUUUGCAAUAUCUAUCAUAUUAUAUAUAUAUAUAUAUAUAUAGGCGAAAGCUUAAGAAGAUUUCAUUUGCUGCACUUCGAUCAUCAUAAAGAAAAGGUGAAAAGAAACUACAAUUGAAUGUUGGUAAUGGAAGGAAAGAUAAGUAAGGUGUGGCUUGUGGUGGCGACAUGGUUUUGCUGGACUACUGUGUGUGGAUCAACUAGAGUUGUACCCUUAGCAGCAAGCUACCCAGAAGUGAGUUUUGAUGCAGGCAGUUACGAGACCGAUAAAUACACCAACUUUAUGAGCAGUUUACGGGAAAAAUUGAAAAGUAAUGUUGUUAGCUAUAAUAUACCAGUGUUGCCGUAUAAUCUGCCUGUCACUAGUGACAAAAGGUUUGCUUUGGUGAUACUCACAAGUUCAGGAUCCACCACGACAAUAGCAUUAGAUGUCAUCAACGCAUAUGUUCUUGGUUUUAAAGUUGGAAAAAAAUCCUACUUCUUUAGUGAUGUAUCUAAUGAAAUAUAUGGAUCUAAGCUUUUCAGCGACACAACGAAAGCCAGACUUCCAUAUGGUGGUAGCUAUCAGGCGCUGUAUAAUGCCGGAGCAAGUAGAGAGAAUGUACCAUUGGGGAUCUCACAAUUCAACAAUGCCAUCUUUCAACUUGUUAAGUAUGCAGGCGCUCCUGCAACCACUGACAUCGCUUCUAAUCUUGUAGUUGUUAUUCAGAUGAUUUCAGAGGCCGCACGAUUUAAAUAUAUCGAGGAAAAAUUGGUUGAGAAUUUCUAUGAAGACCUUUAUCCUAAAGGCGACUUGCUUAGCCUUGAGAACAAUUGGGGUACACUUUCUGAAGCAAUUCAGACAUCUGCAAAUGGAAAUUUUAAUCCAAUAAGAUUGGAAGAUGAAGACUAUAAGCCAUACUAUGUGUCCACAGUUAAAGCAGUAGAAGCCAAGAUGGGACUCUUGCUAGCCAAAGAAUCCAUGCUAAGCAUUGACGAAGAAAUAUUGUCUUGGCCAUACAAUGGAGGCCUUAUCAAGAAGUUCUUGUCAAUGUUUUGAUUUCUUAUUUUGUUCUAUUGUGUAAAACUCGAAGCUAGCUAUAGCUAGCUAGUAGUCCUUAAAUAAAACGACAUCAACAUUUUUGUUGUCUGAUAA